AUGAUGUUUUUUUUGUUGACUCUCCUUUUUAUUUAUUACAAUAAUUUAAUAUAUGUAGAUACUAUAAACACAUCAAUAAAUAUACAAAAGUAUGCUAAUUUUAUUAUCCCUACAUUUAAUAAUAAAAGGACUACAGUGGUAGUAGGACGUAAGAUAUAUUUAAACACACUCUCAAAAAACAAUUUUGAAGUCAUACAAAAAAAAUUAGAAGACAUAGGAAUAUAUCCUAGUCACCUAGAAGAAAUGUUUGUGAAAGGUACUGGUUCAGGUGGACAAAAAGUCAAUAAAACUAAUAACUGUGUUAUCAUAAAAUAUAAGAAUAAUCAAAAUAAUAAUAUAAUUAUAAAAUGUCACAAGUACAGGUGCUUACAAAACAAUCGUAUUUAUGCACGAGAAUUAUUAUAUAAGAAAAUUACAGCCUUAAAAGAAAAAGCAAAACGAGAAAUAAUACAUAAGGAAGAGAAGGAGAAAAGAAAAGUUUUACGACUCAGUGAAAAAGAAAAAAACGAAUCUAUAAAUUUUAAAAAAAGAAGAUCAGAAAUUAAAAAGGACAGACAAAAACGUAUAAAAUAUGAUGACAUAUAUUGA